AUGGCCCCUCGAAAUCCACUCAAGACCAAGGCUAAGGCAAUUUCAUUCAUUAUACAAAAACGAAGGGAUAAUCAAGAGCUGAAUAGUGCGAAUGACAAAGAGAUAGAAGAGCUUGAGACUAAGCUGAGUGCACUUCAAAGCACGCGAAGCAAACUCCAGCGCCAGAAGCGAAGCUUGAAUACCAACUUCGGCAAGUCAACUGAUGACUACACCUGCAUAUUGAACCGCCAGUUCGCCGCCGAGAUGUUCGAACGUCUCUCUGCCCGCGAAGUGCGAGACAUGGUUUACUUCCAUCUCAUGGGUGGCGCUCCAGAUGUCAGCAUCAUUCAACGCGAGAAAGACCUGCCCUAUAACGAAGGGAAUAAAUACUACUUCCACGUUGACCACAGUGACCGUCGCGGCCAGGCUCGCGGCCUUGACAACAAAUUUGAGCACUAUUUCAGGGAGAAGUAUAUGGGAAAGGACUUUGUGGUCGAACUCGCGGAAGAGUUUAAUACGUACGCCUCCUACAAUGUCUGGCACGUCGAUGACGUUCCCUAUCUACUUGGUACUUGCCCUCUCAGAGAUGCGCUCUGCCGACCCCUCGACUUCCUCCGAACGCUUUCAGUCGACAUAUCCAUCCCCGACCAUCUUGUCCCACCUGGCCGGGACUAUGUGGAGUUUUCCCAACGUCCUCGGGGCUAUGUGGUAGCUCGCCAUAUGACAGCAGAGGGCAAUUUAAAGAAGGAAACCUUCGAGAGCCAGGUGAGUUGGCUCGGCGAUCUCGCCGCAACAGCACAAGUUUCCAGAAUGAGCGUCACGCUUAAUGUCAUUGUGCGGACGAAGUUUGCGCUUUACAGGUAUAAAGCUGUGCUGCUCCCGUAUAUCCAAACGCUUGUCGAAAAGGAUUGCAACGUCGUUGUUUCGUACGAAAAUCGGGGCAAAAACGUUUACCCCCAGCCGAGGGAUACGGAAACAGUUACCUAUGAUCGGAGCAUGUUGCUGCCAGCAGGCCAGGUCGAAGCUGCUAUCGCCGCUCCUUUCGAAAUUCCUCCUCAUAAUUUACUCUAG